CCUCUGCCUACGCAUCCACAAACAUGUUCUAAUAUGAGCCAUUGCAAAGGCCUCGCAGUCAAAUGGUGAACGCCUCGAGAUGUCGCAGCAACCGUCUCAAGCGCUGGUCAAGCGCCCAUCCAGCGAUGUGUCACUCAUGCCUCCCCCGCCACUGAAACGGAUCAAACGUCCCACUACUGUCCUAGACGAAGAUGAAUACACGGCCGCAUUGUCCGAGAUUAUAGCCAGAGACUACUUUCCAGGACUCCUCGAGAGCCAGGCUCAACAUGAGUAUCUCGCUGCAUUAGAAUCGGACAACGAAGCAUGGAUUGCAGAAGCGGCCAAGAAGUUGAGAGAGGCUGCGAUGCCCGCAUCAUCCAAAAGGCGGACUGCAAGAAACACAAGAUUCGACACUACACCAUCAGCAACGCCGAUGAGAAACACGCCGUCGAAUGCUGCAGAGACGCCAUUGGGAUAUAAUGGUAGUGACACGCCCAUGACAACUACCAGCGAAGCAUCAGCAUUCGAUGUCAACCACCAACCCAACAAGUCCGUCGAUACCUCAACACUUACACUGGGCAACUUUCAAGCCAAAUAUACCUCUGAAGACAAUGAAUCCUUCAACGCAGUUCUAGACAAACAGAAUCAAAAACGGCGAGAAAAACAUGUCCAUCUAUGGACACAAGACCAACGUAUCCCGUCCGCGCGACAGAUAGCGCAUCGAGCACGAGAAGCACGACUCUUAACCGAACAAGAAGAGGCCAAAGCAUCAGGAAAAUCAUUGAUUCCCAUAACUUCAGGCGCGACUGAUUCACGACCAGCAAAGCCAGAUUCCUGGACCAUCAAACGACCCGACAACCCAUUCAUGUUCCACGCCGAAUCUGUCGACGAAACCGGCCUUCCAACCAUCAUGGAGUCGAAAGAACAAAAAUCCAAAGCCGCCCCGAGACAGGUCGUUCACGCAAAUACCAGAUUCCCUUCUGCCGCCAUGUAUCGCGAUGAUCCCGGUCCGAUACCCCCAUCUCCAUCCCCUUCAUUAAACACGGACAUCAUCGCCCGACGAGACGCAGAGAGAAGAGGACAACGAGGUCUUCGCGGCGGCGGCGACGACUCUUCCACCAUGGUGGGCCCCACUGAUUCAGACGCUAGCUACUACACCGGCAGCGAAACACCACGCGUCAACGGCUACGCCUUCGUCGACGAAGACGAACCAGACGCCAACCCACCCCAAAAACCCGACAAUACUCCCAGCUACCGCGACCUACUAGCGGGCCAAACCGCCGACGCUACACCUAAUCCAUUUCGAAUCAACGAAAUACGUAAACGCGAAGAUCUACAUCUCCGUAUGGUCGAGAAACAGGCCCGUGGAAAGCGAGAGAAGGAAAAGGAUAGGACUACUAUACAGGCCACGCCAACACCAGGCAGUUGGACGAGCACACCAGGUAGUUCAUUCAUGUCUUUGUCAAGAAAAAGCACUUCUGGUGGUGGUGGUAAUAUGACGCCUGCAGCGAGACGGUUAAUGGAGAAAUUGGGCGGAAGAACACCUGUGAAUUCUUCGUCUACUGCGACGACCAAGAGUGGUGAGAGAAGUCUAGCGGGGAAAGAUAUGUGGACGCCAGGGAGGACACCGAGGAGGGAUAAGACGAAGAAAGGCAAAGGGAUUGCGUCGGGGGUUCUAUAAUGAGAUAUGGUUAGAUGAAAUCAGACGAGAGUUCGUUAAGGUUUAUUUGAUAU